AUGGCACCGUAUGCUUGCUCUGAUGUUGGCCGUGGAAUCGGUCUCAACUGGGUGGCCAUUGGUAACAGGAAGGCUAUGGUGUGUAUAGCCUCGCCGAACAGGGAGGCCGAUGCGAUAGAAGUACUUGCUAAGCUCAAGCUUCCAGGGGUGGCCACCACGCCGGUCACCUGUUUGAGGUGGCGCGACGAUACUCGUGGGUUGGUGGCGGGCGUGGCCCGAGGCUCCGAAUAUCGUCUGUUUCUACUUCACUGGGAUGGCGUGGGAGCUCCUCUUAGUGUAAGUCACUCCCUAAGCUGGUCCCGAGGGCACGGCGAGCGGCUUCUGGGUGUUGACUGGUUCGAUGGCUAUGUGCUGGGAGUCGAGACUGCCGCUUGUGUGGUGUUUCGCGAGGACCAGGAGCAAGGCACCGAGCCACUGCGGUUGACCGGUGGUCGUAGGGAGCGGGCGACGCGAACGUGCAAGCGUAAGCGUCGCAUAUGCCUUCAAGCGGAAACGCCGAUCUGGUGCAUGGGUGCUGUCCUGGGCAGCAGUGGCGACGUUUUAUGUGCCUGGGAUAACCGUACUGUGAGAUGGCAUUUAGCGGUCGAUGGUGGACACUCUCAAGGAACGGUGGUGUUGAAUGGCCUCGUGCUUGGCAUGUUCAGAAUGGGUCCGGAAAAUUUAUGUGUCGUCAACAGCAGCGAAGUGAUGCCAUUGUCCCGGCCUCCUGGUGAGGAAGCAAGCACGGAAUCCACAACUGUUCCUGGCGAGUUCAAUGGGGAAACGACCAGCAGAUAG